AUGGUGCAACCUUGGCUCCUGGUGGGCGACUUCAACUCCAUCCUUAGCCCGUCGGAGAAACUAGGGGGUGCCCCUUUUGAUGCGGCUAGAAUCAGGGAUUUCCAGGAGGUAGUUCAGGAUACUGGAUUGAUCGAUCUGGGGUUCGAAGGGCCAGCCUACACUUGGUUCCGUACGGGACUGCGGGAAAGAUUGGAUAGGGGGUUGGCAAACAACUAUUGGGCGACUAAUUUCCCGGAGUCCGUGGUGAGACACCUGCCCCGCAUGAAAAGUCCGAUCACCGUCCGGUUAUAG